AUGUUAUGGUUCAAAUCCAACGACGUCAAGCUCGCCGGGAACUUCACGUUCGAAAGAUUAAACUCAAACAUGUUCCUUGAGAAGUCCACGUUUUGUAUCGUUUUGUUUCUGCCGAACAGGAAUGAUAUGUCGCCUACAAGCUUGUUACGUGAGAAAUCAAGCUCUGUGAAGUUCAAAUCACCCAAAGAUUUUGGAACUGUACCGGCGAAUGGCGAGGAGAUUAAGAGGUUCUCGAAGGUUUUUCAGUUUAGCAAUGGAGGAAGGGAUGGUUCCGUUCAGGUUGGGGAGUUUUCGGAACUCAAGGUUUUUGAGAAAAGGGAGAUCACCGACGGCAGCCGGAAUUUGGCCGGCCAGGUUCCCUCCAAAGAUGGUGAGAGCAAUGACACGGCUUGUGUUGAGGUCACAAUCCAAACCAGGCCAAUCACAGCAAUCAAUCUUUGGGUUCCAUGA